UAAUCGUCCGGGCCACGUAAAACAUUUUAGCCUUUUAGGUCUAACUAAGCAUUUUAGGGUUUCUUCUUCAAAUGCUCAAUCUCAUUCUCUGGUAUCUCUCUACCUGUUGACUGGAAUCUAAUGGCGAUUAAACGGAAACAUCAAGCUGUUACCGUCGUUGCUCCAUCCUCGAGGAAGGUUCGCAAAACCGAUAAGCUAACGUCGAAGAUACUGAAGGUAGCCUAUGAGCAGCAAAGGGAGUUAGUUGAUGAAGAAAUCGCAAAGACAAUCCCAAUGAGUUCCUUUUUCAAGGAGGCAGUUAAUGGGUUGGAAGAUUUUAUUGAUGAUGAUGAGCAAUCUCAAGAGUUUCAGACCCAACUUGAUUACCAAGAUAUGACCAGUACUGAGGAAGAAGACAAUUUAUUUGAUGCAUUGUUUUCCCAGGAUGGAGCUUCAAUAGCUAAACGUCUCUCUAAUGCUAUUACUUGUAUCAAGAAGCGUGAAGAUAAAGCUUCUGUUGCAGAAAAAACUACUUCCAUGCCCAUGCCCAUGCCUGAAGAUAAAGAUGAUGCUAAAAUAUGUUUCUUGAUUACCUAUUUUAGUUAUCUUUUCCGUGUUGAAGCUUCAGCUUCUGUUCCUACUUCCAUGUCCAUGUCUGAAGUCUCUGACCGU